ACCAAGGCAUAACUUUUAACAUUUUCUUCACUACGACUAGCUUCACAUACACGAGUCCAUGGCGGCGAAGCUUCAAAACCCUUUCUUUUAACUGAUCUUCUUCUUCAAACUUCAAUGAUCCUGACCCUCUCACCACCAAAACCUUAUAUGGGCCACUGUUGAUUUCGGCUUUGAAUUCAAGCUCAACACCAAUGGCGGAAGAGAAAGCAAAUGAAACCGCAGCCACCAGAGAAGUAGAGGAGGCGCCGAAGAUUGAGCCUAUCCGGAUGCCCACGCCGGAGGAGAUUCGCGGCCAAGACAUGAUGAACAACUGUGCUGUGAAAACUGUGAUUAGUGGAGUCAUGGGUGGUGGACUUGGGUUGAUGAUGGGUUUGUUUCUUGGGGCUUUAGACAACCCAGUAAUGCAAGACCAAAUGACUGGAAGGGAGCAAUUUGUUUACACAGCUAAGCAGAUGGGGUCAAGGGCUUGGGGUUCUGCUAAGGCAUUUGCAGUGAUGGGAGUUCUUUUCUCAGCUUCUGAAUGUGUUGUUGAAAAGGCACGGGCUAAGCAUGACACAACAAAUACAGUUGUUGCGGGAUGUUUCACUGGAGGUGCAAUGUCAGCAAAAGCUGGUCCAAAAGCAGCCUGUGUUGGUUGUGCUGGGUUUGCCGCAUUUUCGUUGCUGAUAGAGAAGUUUCUGGAUAGACAUGAAUGAGUGUAUUAGAAUCCUGUCUCAAUUUUUGCAGACGCUAAUUCCGACAAAUCAGUAGAAGAGAUGUAGCUUCUGGCAUAUGCAGUAAUACAAAUAGUUUUGCUUAGAUUGAGCUUCAGCUCUUGUUAUAAUUGUUUAUCCCAAUUCACGAAGGGAUGCUUUGGCCAAAUUAGAAGGUCAAUGAUUUUGUAUUAUGUUUUCUGUUGUAGA